AUGGCGGUGUGCAUCGCAGUGAUCGCUAAGGAGAACUAUCCCCUCUACAUCCGGAGCGUCCCCACUGAGAACGAGCUGAAGUUCCACUACACUGUGCACACCUCCCUUGAUGUCGUGGAUGAGAAGAUCUCUGCCAUGGGCAAAGCUCUGGUAGAUCAGAGGGAACUCUACCUGGGGCUCCUCUACCCCACUGAAGAUUACAAGGUCUAUGGCUACGUGACAAACUCCAAGGUGAAGUUCGUUAUGGUGGUGGAUUCCUCCAACACAGCGCUUCGAGACAAUGAGAUCCGCAGCAUGUUCCGAAAGCUGCAUAAUUCGUACACAGACAUCAUGUGUAACCCUUUCUACAACCCUGGGGACCGCAUCCAAACUGUCUGCUUCCUUCAAUCCACUGUGUUUGUUUCCUUCUCCAGGGCUUUUGAUAACAUGGUGAACUCCAUGAUGAUGCAGGUGUGCUGAAGCUCUGCAUCUGCCCUUCUGAGCCCUGAGAACAUCCUCCCUGUACAGGAGCCUGCCUACAAAGUGAUGUAAAUAUUGU